UCUCCCCCGCCCCUCUGUUGAAGGCCCUCGCCGGUGCUUCUGCAGCGCCGCUCCUGCAAGGAUGGCUGCCCUGGUUGUAAACAAGCCUGGAGCGGGACUAGACAGUGGCCGUCAGGGCAGCCGGGUUACGGCCGUGGUGAAGGUGCUGGAGUGUGGAGUUUGUGAAGAUGUCUUUUCUUUGCAAGGAGACAAAGUUCCUCGCCUUCUGCUUUGUGGCCACACAGUCUGUCAUGACUGUCUCACCCGCCUGCCUCUUCAUGGAAGAGCAAUCCGUUGCCCUUUUGAUCGACAAGUAACAGACCUAGGAGAUUCAGGUGUCUGGGGAUUGAAAAAAAAUUUUGCUUUAUUGGAGCUUUUGGAACGACUGCAGAAUGGACAUAUCGGUCAGUAUGGCGCUGCAGAGGAAGCCAUUGGGAUAUCUGGAGAGAGCAUCAUUCGUUGCGAUGAAGAUGAAGCUCACGUUGCAUCUGUAUAUUGCACUGUAUGUGCAACUCAUUUGUGCUCAGAGUGUUCCCAAGUUACUCAUUCUACAAAGACAUUAGCAAAGCACAGGAGAGUGCCUCUCGCUGAUAAACCUCAUGAGAAAACCAUGUGCUCUCAACAUCAAGUACAUGCCAUUGAGUUUGUUUGCUUGGAAGAAGGCUGUCAAACAAGCCCACUUAUGUGCUGUGUCUGCAAAGAAUAUGGAAAACACCAAGGUCACAAGCAUUCGGUUUUGGAACCAGAAGCUAACCAGAUUCGAGCAUCAAUUUUAGAUAUGGCUCACUGCAUACGGACUUUCACUGAGGAAAUCUCAGAUUAUUCCAGAAAAUUAGUUGGAAUCGUUCAGCACAUUGAAGGAGGAGAACAAAUAGUGGAAGAUGGAAUUGGAAUGGCCCACACAGAACAUGUACCAGGUACUGCAGAGAAUGCCCGGUCAUGUGUUCGAGCUUAUUUUUCUGAUCUACAUGAAACUCUGUGUCGUCAAGAAGAAAUGGCUUUAAGUGUUGUUGAUGCUCAUGUUCGAGAAAAAUUGAUUUGGCUCAGGCAACAACAAGAAGAUAUGACUGUUUUACUAUCCCAGGUUUCAACAGCCUGUCUCCAUUGUGAAAAGACUUUGCAACAGGAUGAUUGUAGAGUUGUCUUGGCAAAACAAGAAAUUACAAGGUUACUAGAAACAUUGCAAAAACAGCAGCAGCAGUUUACAGAGGUUGCAGAUCAUAUUCAGUUGGAUGCCAGCAUCCCUGUCACUUUUACAAAGGACAAUAGAGUUCACAUUGGACCAAAAAUGGAAAUUCGAGUUGUUACAUUAGGAUUAGAUGGUGCUGGAAAAACCACUAUUCUGUUUAAGUUAAAACAGGAUGAGUUUAUGCAGCCUAUUCCAACAAUUGGUUUUAAUGUGGAAACUGUUGAAUAUAAAAAUCUAAAGUUCACUAUUUGGGAUGUAGGUGGAAAACACAAGUUAAGACCAUUGUGGAAACAUUAUUACCUCAAUACCCAAGCUGUUGUAUUUGUUGUUGAUAGCAGUCACAGAGACAGAGUUAAUGAAGCACACAGUGAACUUGCAAAGUUGUUAACAGAAAAAGAACUCCGAGAUGCUUUGCUUCUGAUUUUUGCUAACAAACAGGAUGUUGCUGGAGCUCUUUCAGUAGAAGAAAUCACUGAACUUCUCAGCCUUCAUAAACUGUGCUGUGGCCGGAGUUGGUAUAUCCAGGGCUGCGAUGCUCGAAGUGGUAUGGGACUGUACGAAGGGUUGGACUGGCUCUCACGGCAACUUGUGGCUGCUGGAGUAUUGGAUGUUGCUUGAUUUUAAAUGCAGCAGUUGUUUUAGGUUUUGUGGUUAAGUUAUUUUGCGUAUAAUAUGUUGUAAGAAAUUCUACAUCUCAACGAUAGUUAAUUUAGGAUAAGUAUAUGAGGAGUCUUGGAUUGGUAAUUCAGUACAAUAUUGCUUUAAAAAAUUAUUCUGUAGCAAAAUUUAAAUAUCUGAUUGAGAAGAUUAAAUGGAAUUAAAUAGGGAUUUCUUGAGUUUACAUUUUUAAAAAUGUACAUUAUUUGAGUUUUUCAGUUUAUAUAUGACCCUUAUAUUGAGAAAGAAAUAGAGUAAGUGAAG